GCUCAAUACCAGUUUUUGAUAACCCUCCUUCUAUUGCACAGCCACGACAGGAAAAAAUUUGGAAGUAGAGCAUUUAGUUGCUCCCCGUCUUUUUCCCGUCUUCUUUGUUGAACAAAAGCUUCUCGUCUAUAUUUCGAUCAUCCGGAUUGAUCAUAGACCUCCGACAAAUCAAAUCUUCCAUCUAUUUCUUCCUUUGAGACUAACCUCAACAACUUCCUCUUUCUCGAAGUUAUUCCCCAACAGGAGCAUCAACAAGAUGAUGACGAUUAUCAAGAUUUAUCUAUUGGCGGCUUCGUGGCUCGCCCUGGAUGCCGUGGGUCUGCAACUCCACAACACGAACUACACGGCUUUCCUCGCUGCCGGCGGAACAGAUGGCACUUAUGGCGUGUUACACUUAUAUCUACAAAUAACUUUUCAAGCGGCCAAGACACUCAUCCAUGACUUGAUAGAAGUACCCAAAACUAGAACCACAAUAACUUUGCUUAUAUUGAGAGUACUGGUUGUGAUGGUUGACGUUAAUAUCAUGCAAUAAACGAUAUCCCUAAGUACAACCGCUCAAAGUGUUUGAAUCGUGCUCCUCAUACAUCAACAUCUUCAUGUGCGGAUAUAUUAUGCAUAAAACAACUUUUUUCCUUUUUACUGCACAAGAAGAGUUACGUCAUCUUCUAAUCGGAGGUGCAGCUGGGGAGAGAGGACAACCUCGUCUACGAUGUUGAUGAUGUCGGCUCCUUUCUUCAGCAGAGGCAACAAGACCCGAGCUGCCCGCCGGGCACUCACCAGACGGGUAUUUCAGUGGAUGGGGGCAAGACCUUUACAAAAACGUGUGUGGCAGAUACUGCGUAUUCCAGGACAAAUGUGCAUGCUACGUCUACUAUUCGUUGCCCACCAGGAGCACUUGCCGUAGGGCAGGAAUGUUGGACGACUCGGCCAAAAAAUGAUGGAACGGGAGAAUUCAUCAUUGAUAAGCAGGUGCAGCCGUUGACGGCAGAAACUGCCCAGAGAGGAAAGCUCGCUGAAGAAGACGCGGCUAGAGCACUACAAGACGAAAAUGAUUCUCGAGAGUGGGAGGACGCAAUGAAAGUGGCUCGAGCCAGGCAAGAAGAGCUGCCGAACAACGAAGCUGGCGACGAUUCAGCUCUCACGCCGCAAGCAGUUGAGAAGGAGUAUUAUAUAUAUCCUCGAAGGGCUGACUAAGUAAUAGAAAUUGGAGUAUGAGAAUUCGUAUUUACCGCCCACGUGCCGCUGGCGUGUACACACGCCGGGGCAGGGCGGAAGGGUCUCGCAAAUUCCACGAGCUACGGAGUAUGUGAAGAAAGAGUAACGGGGGACGGCGUAAGUCUAAAUCAGCUACGUGCUUCAAGCUGCCACGUUUUACAUAAGCGGACGCACUGGCAGAGUGCUACGCUUUAGCCUUUGAGCUGGUUGCAGUUCGCUGCCCAAAUUGGAAGGCCUUACCCUUGGAACCAGCUCGGGCCCCCUACCCAAAUAGCGCCACGCUAGGAGAUUGCUGCCCGCUGCUUUUGAGCUGCUUAUAGUUGAACGGUUCUACCCUUUGACAAGCUGACUCAGGUCCCCAAUCCAAAGGGCGCAGCUUUACGGGGUUGCCGGCUAAUUUUGACCUGCUUGGAAGGUCCGACCUUUUGGAUGGGGAGCUGACUCAGGUCCCCCAUCCAAAUGGCGCCGCUUUUUUUAUGAGAUUGCUGCCCACUUUUGGUCCGCUUGGAUGGCUUUUUGCUUACCCUUUGAGGUGGUUCAGAUCUUCUACCCAAAUGGCACAGCUGAGCGAAGUUCCGGCUUACUUUCGGGCAGCUUGCUUGGAAGGUCUUGCCCUUUGGGCUGACCUGACUAGCUGGCUGAGGCUUCUGAGCUAGUUGCCCAAGGUUUCUGAGCUCAGCUAGCUUGCUAGCUUAGGCCUCUGAGCCAGCUGGCCAUGGCUUCUAAGCUAACAGCCUAAAGCUUCGCUUUAAGCUAGCUGGCCAUGGCUUCCUAGCUUGGUGGUAGCGACUUCUAAGCCAGAAGCAAGCCAAGGCAAGGCCAUGGCGUCCGUUGGCUUCCAAGAAGGUAAGAAAGCCGGCAAGUUGCCCAAACCUUCUGAGCUAGCUGGCCAAGGCUUGUGAGCUAGCUGCCCAAGGCUUCGGAGUUAGAUAGCUGCCCACAGCUUCGGAGCUAGCUGGCGAUGGCUCCUGAGCUACCUGGCCAUAGCUUCUGAGCUAGGUGGCCAAAGCUUCUGACCUAGCUGGCCGUGGCCAAGGCUUCGCUCUAACUCUAAGCCAACUGGUCCAGGCUUCCACGCCCAAGCUAGCGAGCUGUGUCUUCGUUCUUCUAAGCUAGCAAGCCACGGCGCCUAUAUGUAUCCAUUGGCUCUGAAGUACUCUAGCAAGCUGCCCAAAGAUCCUGAGCUAGCUGGCCAAGGAAGGUUUGUGAGCUACCUGCGCAAAGCUCCAGAGUUUUUUAGCUACCCAUGGCUUCUGAGCUCGGUGGCCAUAGCUUCCGAGCUAGGUGGCUGGCCACAGCUCCUAAUCCAGGUACCUGGCCAAGGCUUCGCUUGCGAGCUAGCUGCCCAAAGCAUCGGAGUUAGCUGCCCAUGGCUUCUAAGCUAGCUGCCCAUGGCUUCUGAGCUAGGUAGCUGGCCAAAGCUUGCGAGCUCGCUCGCUGGCCAUAGCUUCCAAGCGCUGCCCAGGGCUUCCAAGCUAGCUGGCGACGGCUUCUAAGCUACCAAGCCGCGGCGCCCAUUUCCAUGGACUGGCUUCUCAGUAGGCUGCCCAAAGCUUCCGAGCUAGCUGGCCAAGGCUUGCGAGCUAGCUGCCCAAAGCUUCGGGGCUGGAUGCUGAUGGAUUCUCGACCGUCCAAGCUAGCUGGUCAUGGCUUCUGAGCUAGCUGGCCAUCGCUUCUGAGCUGGCAGGCUGAGGCUUCGGAGCUAGCUGGCUGAGGCUUCGGAGCUAGCUGGCCAAGGCUUCGGAGCUAGCUUGCCAAUGCUUAUGAGCUUGCUGGCCAUCGCAUCCAUUGGCGCGGGCUUCUAUCUAAUCUAAGUCCGCUAGCCCGCUGGCCAUGGCCUGCUAUCGCUCCUGAGUCGAGUAACUUAGCGGGCUAUUUGUUUUAUUAAGCACCGCGGGCCUCUGUCGGGCCCGCGUAUGGGGCGCGUACUCAUAUUUUUAUUGGUAGAAGUCGAGCGAGGUCGUUGCUGUCUUGAUAUUGGAGGAGUACAAAGCCCAUCCCCUCUUGUUGGUCCAUGGUCGCUAUCCAUUCCACCCGAGCUAUACUAUCCUCCCGAGACAUGCCUGACCCAAUCAUAGCCAUCCAGCCUGCCCAUCUUGAUUCUGGAAGUGUCUGAUAGAUCUCCACGCGCCUAAGGUUAAAGGUUCACAUCAAUGGAAGGCCCUCGCCCUAGAUAAGAUCGCGCCACGCUGGAAAUGAUUGAGGAACUCGCGGCUUGACCUAUACAUAUGGUCUUGUGUGGUUCAUUUUGUGAUCGCGUCAUUGUGUUGGCAAUUUAUUAGGGAGCCGCCUUGGCGGGGCCCAGGCCCACUGUGUUCUCGCGAAUGAAGCACGAGCGGACCGCGAUCCUUCCCGCGUGCUCCCGCGUGGUCGGAGUGCUUGAAACAUGGCCCCCCUUUUUGCAUCGUGUUCGCGCCCCACCCAAAUCUCAGGGCUCUAGCAGGUGCGCAGCCAGCGACUUCGCGGCGCGUUUGCGCACUUUUGUGGUGCUGUUGUUUCACCCAGCCACGUUCGAUCAAGCUUAUCACACCCUUGCGCCCUCGGGUGUCUCUUGUUGGCGUGGCGUGUUUGGAUGUUUCCAGCGCGUCCAUAACGAUACUCCCGCGAGCUAUUCCUUGUAGCUUUUUUCCGUAUGUCUCUUUAUUUGCCGUAAUCUGACAGUUUUUUCAUUAGUUACUCACACCACCCCUGUGCCUCUCAACAGGAAAACAAAGAAAGGCGACCUCCAUCACCACCUACCACCGCCACCACCAUCAUCACUCAACUCAAGGCACAGCUGCACAGGGCGGCUCUUGGGUUAUGCACAUUGUCGGUGCAUGCACACAGAUGAAACAUCCAGAGAGGCGAGCUCGGUAGAGCUACCGGAGGGGGAGUAUGCAACAGCACAGGGGGCGGAUAAGUUGUCCGGCCCAGAUAAAUCUCUUUGCCCGGUGACUGCUGUAGAAAUUAUAUUUUUCGUUUACAAGUUUUUUGCUAGAGAGCGAGCACCAGUAAUAUUAGCAUCAGUUUUUGCUUGGAUGAUGUGAUGUGCUGGACGUUGGUACGUUUUGAGAACUUGAAUUCACAUUUCUUUCGGUUACGUACCAUAUCUCAUGAAAAAAAUAGAAAUACGAUAGGCCACUUGCUGGUUUAAUUGUUGCAACAUGACGCUCACGCUCUAUUCGUGUUGACAAUUGAGUGUUAAUCAUGUGUUUCUUUAUCGUAAACCCUCAAUCUUGUUGUAUAUUCGAGAGAAAUGCUUGGUUGCACAGGUCGUGCAUCAUUUUCGCUCGGGUAGUGCGUCUACCUACUACUCGCUCGUUUUCGAUCCAGCUAUUUUUCAUAAUUCUUUUUACUACAGCAUAUCGGCUCGCUCUGCACUUCUGUGGACGAAAAGCACGGAGAGUGUCGCUUCUUCUGCGGUGAAGGGAAGUUAAUAUGGUUCUCGAAAAAAAUUCAGUUUAUCUUCGUAAACUUAUUAUAUACUCAUGCUGAUUAUGUCUGUUUGAUGUUCUACUAGUAAUUCUACUCGGGGUCAGGACGAAACUAACAAGAGUUGCUUAUAAGCAUUACUCUCGCGGACGCUAGUCUAUAAACACCGGACAAGUUGAAGUUGAAAGGGGCUCCACCGAAAAGCCGCCUUCGUUCUUGUUGACGAGUCUCCAAAAUGGUCUUGGGGGAUCGAGCGAAUGUUUUGAAACGGAAAAUGAAACUACGCAUGUUCGAAUAAAAUAAAGCCAUAUUAUGUUAUUUUAUUUUUGUUUGCGUUUGCGAAGAAAAGAAUUGUGAUUGUCGAUGUAAUCGUGCCGAAUUGGAAUUAAAAACCAGCGUGAAGAGUAAUAAAGUCAAAUGAGGAUAAACGAAUUUUUUUUGAGAUCCCUAACUUAGGGACAUUCAUGGACUGCCCAUAUACACCAACACUGCUACUGCAUGGAGAUGGUUGAAGAUCAGAAGCAACCUGGUGGUGCCAGUCGAGUAUUACCAGACAGCCGGAACAGCUGCGAUGGCAAGUAUUUCCUUUUUAUCAAGGUUUCCACCUGUUGGUUGGGCUACCCGUCUAGUUGAUUGGCCGUGCAUCUUCACUUCCAGUUUUUUUCCAGCUCUGCUACCUGUAGCUGUGGUUGUUCUCUCUCAGUCUCAUUCUUCGAGUUCAAGAUCAUGUUUUCCAUUUGAUGUUGAGUAAGUAGAUCUUUAUCCCAUUGGCACGGGCAGUGCCGCAGUACUGCUCACCACGAAGAACAUAUUUAGGAAUUCACAUUCAACCAUGCCAACAAAAUUCGUAUUAAGUAUUUGAAUGUUCUAGGUACAUGAAUCAAGGAUGUGCUGGACCAAGCGGAACUGCGAAAGGAAUGUGUCGUUCCAAAGUCAGCCUGUUUCCUUCGCCGGAUGAAGUGUGCAGCGAGACAGUCAAGGUUCUUCUUACUUUUCUGCUCUUGGCACUUUUCAGUUUUCACUAUUUCGUUUACAUUUUGGAGCACAACUAUGCUAUCUAUCUUAUUCUCUCCUUUCUGACUAUCUGCAACUUACCCCUUUCUCACCGACAGAGUCCCGUCUUUGCUUCGUUUUAGUUUUAUGAUGUGCCUCUAGAAAUCAACGAAUGUUUUGGAGCACAGGCGUCUCAAAUUCGGGGAACGAAUACCGACUCGUGAUCCUCUGGUCUCUGGGCCUCAUCUUACACGGAAGCUCCGAGUUCUCAGAUGGGUCAGUUUCGACAUUUUUUUGGACGAGCUGGCCACAUUCUUAUUUCUGGGUCUCAUGAUGGCCCGCAAAGUGGUCAGUUUGUCCAAGCCUUUGAACCUCGUAGAGAAGUCUCGUGGCCGUUCUAGAAAUGACUUCCUAGAACGGGCCUACUUUCUAGAAGGGACCUUCUAGAACAGCCCUCCUAGAAAGGACCAUCUAAAGGAAACUUGUGAAAGCAAACUUGCUAGAGCAGACCCGCUAGAACAGACCUCCGAGAGGGACUACUUCUUUCUAGAUCAGAACUCUUAGAAGAGGCCUUCAACCUAGAAAGCCUCUCCUAGGCGGUUUGCCUUUUCUAAAUAAUUUUUGUGUAACAGAAAAGGGGCGGUUAGAUAAUUCCUAUAGGCAGCCUUCUGCUUCUACUCCUUCCCUUUUCAUCAAGGUUGGUAAGUAACUAAGUAGGUAUAUUCGAUGAACUAACUACUCCAACUCUCCCGUAAUGCAUGAUCCCUCACCAGGUCCUUGGGGUCAUUGUGGACUUUACUCUGCGACAUGGCGCAAAGGCGGUUGGCAAAGAGGUGGGCCUGUCAAAGCCGCCACCCCUAAGCAAGCUGGCCAUGAUGACUAUCGACAGCGGCCAUGAGCAACACGCGGGCGGCCUUAAUACGGUCAACGACGUUACCACCAAUCUUUGGGGAAUCGCGAGACAGGAGCUGGAGCGUACAACGAACUUACAACACUUGCCCCCAUCCUUGAUAUCGCCUCGAUUUCUUAGUGUGGUGUUCUGAUUUUCAUCUCAAACUUUAUUGACAAUCUUUCUUUAUACAUUAAUAUUUGCAAGACAAUUCUAUCGUCGCUCCCUGAGUGUCUUCCCUUCGUAUUCGUUUGGAUUUUUUUCUCCCCUGAAGGUAAGUAUGUUGUCCUCCUCGUUGGUUUCCCCGUUGUUUUUUCAGGUCUGCCAGUUCUCUAAUUUUCCUCUGUGUUGUACGCGGUGUGGGGUAGGCCCACCUAUAUGAGGCCACAAAAUAACCCUGGUAAUAAAGUAGUGAGUUCCGGCUCACCUCUGGCGCUCCGCUCCUCAGCUGCAGAGGGCACCCAAGGUCGCCGUCACCUAGAGCGCACGCCCCAGCAGUGUUGUGCACCUGUUUUCUUCGGACUGCGCUUUCGACACCAAGCACGGAAAAGGAAGGUCGCAGCCGUCUCAGAAACCUGUGGCAGCGCCGGCUGCGCUUCCAUGCCUGUGGCACGGCUUUUCCGCUGGCCGCGUUCUUGUGUGUGGUGCGUCGCGGCGUUCGCCGCCCAAUUCGGCCCGGCCGAUGGACAGCGGCAGCGCAGGUGGCUGCCAGUUCAGUGCGCAGCGAGUAAGACGCGCGGAAGGCUGUUAUUAAGCUGUUUGCCCGGCUGCUGGCUACUGGCUGCGGCUUCUGGCACUGCAAUCUCGCUACCAAAUAAGGCGUGCGUCGAGAAGAUAGAUGCGUUUUAUUAUGCAUGCCGACCACGGCCCCAGCCGUUUCUGUUUCUUCAGCACCAGAAAAUGAAGUCUCUCCUUUUUGUUCCAUGCAAGCACCUUAUAACCUUUUAUGAAUUUCCUCAGAGCACCACGCUUCGCCGCUGCUAAUCCAGUUGCUGCACACCGCGGUUAUCUCUGCCGGCGCUUUCCUUCAAAUUGCUGUUUUUCAUGCGGUUCCUGGAUUGGCGAUUAUUCUCGCCGUGUACCAGGUCUUCGACUUUUUUUGUACUGAUGCGUACACCAAGGAGGAAGUGGAGGAGCGCCAGAGGCUUGCCCCGGAUAACCUAGCGCUAAAGCUGGACAAAAAAAUACACGACAGCGUGUGCGGGUACCAUGGAUAUCAUUACAGCUCUGCUGAGUGAUGGCGCAUCUGACAAUUAGAUCUAUCUUGUGAGUAUAAGUCAUAACACGUAAACAUGAAUUUGUCAGAUUCUGACUGGCAGUGGCACGGGAAGGCACGCGACCGCCUUUUUUAGGUUUGUGUAGGAUUGGUAGAUUUUUUUUUACUGUAUAAGCCGCGACGCGCGUGUAGGCGCUUGCCUGUAGCUUCCCAGGGGGCGUUGCCGGGAUAACAAGGCCCCCCCGCCAGCAAAGGGUGACAGGGGUGAUUGAACAACCGCAAAAAGGGCCCAGUGAUAGCGGGGCCGCGGCAAGGUGCGCACUGUCUCCGUGUUGUGUCCGCUAGUAGGUGUCCUCGUGGUCUUUUGUUCUUUUGGCCCGCGCCUGGUGUGCCGUGUGGUUUGUUUCAGGAACACCGAAGGAGGGCGCCAGCGCGCCCACAUGCACGGGGUGGCUUAUGAGAGAGAAGUCGACUAAGUAAUCGCCACAUUUGGCAUGCCGCGCAUUUGGAGGGGUUAUUGGAAUUGUGUCCCAGCCUUGUCACCUUCCAUGACCCGUUCUCCGUUUUCUUUAGGUCACAAGGCACCACCGCGGGCAACAACAUAAUGACCAGCUCGCGACACCAUAAUCAGCCUCGUGCGGCUUCCUCAGCGUAGGCGCCCACGCUCAUUUGUUUUGAAAGCAAAAACAUGUUGAUGCCAUGUUGAUACAAGUGCUUCAUUUGUGAAACAGUCAGCACAAAGUACUUACAUCAAAGCGGGAACAAUGUGGCAAACAAGUGAACAGCAUACUUAAGAGAGUCAUUCCCAUACAUUAUCAAAAAAAGAUUGAAUCAACUCCUCUUUUUUUUACAGCUUUUACGUAGAGCGCAUCAAGCAGAGCAAGGCUUUCGAGCGGUUCCUGACAGGUGUCAAACUCGGGAAUGAAUUCCUCACGAAAGAAUUUGUGAUGGAUCUUGUUAGCAAUCUUGGAGAGCUGUGGCAAAAAGUGACAAACGCAGUGGCGACAGGGCACAUCCUAAUUCCCAGCGCAUUGACGUGGGCAUUCACGUACUUAUCAACUUUUUUUACUAUGAUUUUCAAUUUCGGCUCUACCUCUCAUCCCCAAAAAUUCGGCAUUCUUUGAGCACGCCCAGCCUUACAGGAUACGCAUAUUCUCUAUUAACGAUUUGUUCACGGAUGCAGAUGCACCUCGGUGCACCAUUUUCGAGGUAGUGACCGUAAGUAAGGUCUUGUAUUAUAAAGGGCUGGCAGAUUCCUAAGGACCGAAUGCAUGGCAGGCGCACAGCUGGGCCCCGAGGAGGCGGGGGACUGUGGUUGAAAGUUUCGCUUUUCAGUGCAGGUCCAGGCUACAGGACAUCUUAGUGGUAGCGCCGGGGGCGGUGUUUUGAGCACACCACUUUAGUAGGCUUAGGGCGCGGCCCUGAUCCUGAAGGCGUGAAAGAGUAUGCUGUGCUUUGGCCUUUCUCUUGCACUCGGCUCUGGUGCACUAUGGCGGUUGAAGUCAGUUAUUCCUAUGGCCUACCCUGGGGCCGGUUGCUCUCGGUUCGCUUGGUUCUGUGUGUUAAGUCUUUCUUCUCUUGCCGACGCCGUUUUUAUGGGUGUUGUUAUUGGGAUCAUAAUCUUGGCCUCGCCUGGUCUUGCCGGGUUAUGGUCUUAUCUUGGGGGAAGGCGGUGAGGCUAGUUCAUGCAGCUCUUGUGCCUUCUGCUCUUUGCGUAAGUAAGCGGUUGUGGCCGGUCUUGGGGAUCUCGCUGUGCAUUUUUUUAUACAAGUAGCUAGCUUUCCGUUUCCCUUUCUAGGAAUGAGCAAACUUUUCUUUUCUAUUUUUUGUUCAUCUGCAGCCAGCACACCUGAUAUCUUCGUCGAUUUUCUUAUACAACGAACAUACAAGCACUUUUUGAGUCUAGUUGUGAUACACUCAGAUUGAUUAUAAGUCGUUUUACUUACCUGUCGAGUGAAAGUGGAUUGUUAAUAUUCGAGAAGUGAAGAACGGGCGUUGGCCUGAUGAUGUUCACUUAUUGGUAUUCAAGGAAGACAGUGGGGAAAUUGAUCUGAUCAUGCUAAAAAGUCAAUUGGUCAUGUUGUAGUGAGUUGGUUUCUCACAUCAUGGCGCGUCGCAAACAUAAGGUUGUGUGAUAUUGGAGUCCGUCAUCAACAUCAUGGUUGGAUGUUCUCGAGUUUAGAUGUCGCCCUUUCGGGUCUUACUCAUCUCCCGUUUUUUCAGAUAGCAAAUUGGGCCCUUGUUUGGUUGCCUUUUUCCAUUGUUAUGUCUUUCUUCUCCUUUUCUAGCCUCCUUUUUGAAGCAGCAGGCAGCAGGGAUGAGAUGGCACUCAACCGCGCCCCGGCAGUGGGCUCGUGUCGUCGUCAUCUGUUGCCUUCCUCUCCUUUUUGUUUGAUUUAUGCGCACUUCUGUCUCGCAGCAGGAUUUCUCGUUCUCCUGUCUCUUUUUCUUACUUACUAUAAGUUCUUAGCAGUAUCUUUGCUUUUUAUACAUGAUAAGUACUGCCCUCAACGGGAGCAGUCGGAUGGAGACUGAAAAUGCAACAUCCGGCAGCGUCGUCAACUCAUAGACUAUCUGGUAGAAAUCUUCAGGGAAAUGUUAGGCAUGUUGCUGAACAGGGCCCAAAUCAUCACCAUGGCCAGCAACAAGGGGCGCGGCAGGUACAGCGGCCCCCCCAUAAUUUUGCCGCUGCGAAGGUUACAGACAAAGCAGGCCCGCCACCUGUGGGAAAGGGAUCGACUUGGGGGUCGAUAGACGCCGGCUUUGCGGCGAAAGAAACACAAGGGAGGCGACUCAAAAACCCCACUUGAUUUUUAUUUUCGCCAGCUUUCUCAGUAACGCUGAGGUCGAGGACUCAUUUGGCCUGACUGGGAUUCAUUUAUUUUCUUAUAUUUGGGGCAAGGGCAACAUUUUGAUUUUUCUAUUUUCUACAGCAACAUGUGGGUCAGUCGUCCAUGCGUAUUCAAUUCUUGUCUGUCGCAUGGUCACGAUUUAUGACUGGAGAUUGCCCCCCUGGAAUAUCUUGCAUCAAAUACCACAACUUCUACCAUCCGCACGCGAACAGGUUUGUCAUCGAUCACGUGGGAAAAAUCGUCGGUGAAUUCCACUCAGUGAAUGGCAUGGUUGUAAAGUUCAUGGAGUUUUUCGCUAAGCGAGCAGCCUUCGCAGCGAUUUGGAGAAUCGUGUCGCAGAAGAGCGUACUUCAGAUUUAUUUGCUUUCUACUUCACAACAUACACAUAUGGUAGAAGCAAGGAAGUACGUAUACAUAACUGUUAAUCACCUUCAUCAUACUAUAUUUGGACGGUUAACUCCUACUGGUCGAGCAAGAUACUGCUGCUUGCCUCGUGCAGAAUAUCUCACGACCGUCAUAGUCAUUUCUAUAUUUAUUUAAGAUAUAUAAAAAUUGCACGACACCAGUUCGGCCUUCUCAAGAAAACGCUUGGGAUGGCGCUCCACGGUUCCGCAAGCGCGCUUCGGCUUGCCGCCUGUGAGGACAAUGUCGAUAAGAUCUUUCCGGAGUGGAAAAAAACGGCCGAAGAAAUAGUGAGGGGCGAAGGACAGAGAUGAACAAAUUGUGACGUGACAGGGUUGUGACAAGAGGACAACUUCUACAUAACACAAGAUCUUCUGAAAAGCUACAAGAUCUUCAAAUAAAUGAUAGAUAUAAGUAUGUACAACGCAAGACAGGGAGAGGCAUCAUUCAAUGAAUGUAGUUUGUUAAUCAAUUGACUUGUCAGAAGAUUUAGCACGCUAGUGGGUAUGGAUAGUUACUACGCACUUUACUACUUCAGCAGACGAAUCAAAACUGAUACCGUUUGCAAAUAUAUACGAACCACCGCCAGUUUAAUUAUAUGCUACUUAGGAAAUCUGAUCCCCUCGGCUCUUGGUCUGACGUUGUGUCCCUUCAUUGCAGGGGAAGCCGCGACAGAUCCAGCACUCUUAAUGAAUCGCUCAAAACUGGAAUGUUUACUCUCUUCAUUUGGAUCGGCACAGGGAAUUCGCUCUGUGCAAAUAGAUAAGUUUCGCACGUCUUAGAGCCCCGACCGUCGGCAGGGAACGGUCUUACGCCUGUCAGGGCCCUUGUUAGGCAGAGUCGGCGGGCUUUACGCAUCCCAUAGUAGGAGAGACUGUUGCUACCCGCGUCGUGGUAAUUGAAUGGAGCUCUAGCGGGAAAUUGUAGACCCAGGCACCAAAAGAUAAGGCGUCGUUGGUGGCAGCGUGAAGGAAGGAGUGAGUGAAUGAAUCAAAGCUGGAAUGUUUACCCUCUUCAGCAUUCAAGAAUAAGAAUAUCAGCUUAAUUUACAAAAAAUGAUGGACACUACCAUGAUGAUGAUGCAGAAAUAAUCGCCAUCAAUUUACUUUCCUCAAGGUCCAUCAACAAGAUGAAACAUGAUGAGACUCAUUGAAAACUUGGAGUUUUUUUUUGUUAAUAUCAAGCAACCGUCAAUCUGGGACUUUUAUUUUCGGGAAUAGAAAUAAGAAAAUGGUUGUUUUCAUGUCGAUACUUAGAUCAUCAAUCUCAAUGAUAGAUACUUGAAGUUGUAUGUACCUACUGGAAGUAGAAAGUAAAAGAAACUUCCUUCCAGUACAGCUACUUCUGUCUAGAAGUACACCAUAGGGUACUCUUUAGUCGACGAGAGAAUUUUUGCCAAUCUUCUGGUGUAACUACGUACGUGCUCUGCUUGUAGAUAGUCAGACGUUAUCCCUCAACAUGAUCGUGGGCGCACAGAUCAAAUCGGCCAAUUAGAGACACGAUCAAAAGAUGGAAGAUAUCUGUCGCAAAAAGGAGCGGGACGAGCGGCCCUUAUGGGACUACCAAAAAGACCAGUGUUCCUCUUCGACAACCAAGCUGUAAAGGGAAAGCACGACAGAGCAAUACACGACCGACCCAAGAGGAAGUUUAGCCAUUCGCUAACUCAUCUCCAAACAAUCAGGAGGAGGAAUAGUGAUGGUGAUCGAUGCUCAAUAAACUCAACGGCGUCGCGUGUGUGCUUCUGGUAUGUGGUAGGUUAAUUUUGAUUAUAGGGGAAAGCAAGAAGAAGAGAACCCCUCAGAUCCAAAUCAGGUUACUGUUUACCGCAGCUGCAGUCCAUCGCAACCGCUGGGGAGAAAGUGAGAACAAAUACGACCAGCACACUCCUUUCAAGACCGUACAUCAUGAAAAUAACUACAAAGCAAGGCGAAG